AUGUCUACACUCAAUCCACCAAACGGCACAGGAGAUGCUGAAAAGGAGACGAGGACAGGGCCGUCGAGUUUGAGGCCGUCGAGUUGGGUCCACAGUGUACCAGGGAGCCAAACAGAGAUAGACUCGACAAGUCCAUCGUUAAGAAAACAGGAGAGCGCAACAAGCCCGAGGAUUUCGAGCGAUGCUGUUGACACAGACAAGCACGAGGAGCCGCCGCUGCCCUACUCAAAAGCUAGGUGUAUCGCCCUGGUCGUGACCACCACGGGAGCUGCUUUCACAAACAUUCUAUCAAUCCAAGCAGUCGUGAUUGCCCUGCCGACAAUCGGCCGGGAUCUCAACAUACCAGACUCAAGACUCCAAUGGGUCGUGUCUUCGUAUGCUCUUGCUUUCGGCUGCUUCCUCCUCCUCUGGGGUCGGAUUGCCGACAUCUACGGCAUGAAAAAGAUCUUUGUGCUCGGCUCUGCAUGGGUCGCUGUCACCACGGCGCUGAACCCUCUAAUCAGGAACGAGAUUGGGUUUGACCUCUUCAGGGGCCUUCAAGGUUUGGGAGCCGCGGCAAACGUCCCCACAGCUCUCGGCAUUCUGGGGACUACAUUCCGGCCAGGUAAAGCCAAGACUAAUGCAUUUAGCGCAUAUGGCGCCGGCGCUCCGUUGGGUAGUAUCUUCGGCACCAUAAUGGCCGGCUUCAUCACCGCCAACGUAUCCUGGGUUUGGGUUUUUGGUGUCACGGCCAUCUUGGCUGGUCUGCUCACUGUGGCCGGAAUCUUUGUCAUCCCACCGGAUGAGCCAAAGUCUCGGCCUGCCAGGGGUUCCCCCGCGGCAGCAGUCGACUGGAUCGGCGCCAUCCUCGUCACUUUCGGACUUUUCGUGCUGCUGUUUGCCCUCACCCAAGGACCCAUCACCGGGUGGAGGGCACCAUGGAUCCCGGUCCUGCUGGCCCUGAGUCUCGGCAUAAUCGGCGCCUUUGUCUACUGGCAGAACUGGCUCGAGAAGAAGGGCGACCGACCGGUGCUCGUCAAGCCGUCACUGCUGAAGAAGAGCAAAGGUUUCGGUGCCGCCAUGCUGCUAAUGGGCCUCUUCUUCUCGUCCUUCAACGGCUUCCUCGUCUAUGCAACCUACUACUACCAGUCUUACCAGGGCCUCAGCGUACUCGACACGACGCUGAGGUUCCUACCCACAGGCGUCGCCGGCAUCGCGACCGCCUUUGUCGCCUCGAAACUGCUGCGCCGGCUGCCCGCCUGGCUGAUCCUAUUCCUGGGUAACGUGUGCGUGUCGGUUGCGAACUUGAUAUUUGCGCUGCCCAUCGAUUCGAGCGUGAGCUACUUCGCCACGGGCAUGAUCGCCAUGUCCCUGAGCGUCUUUGGCGCAGACACCACGUGGCCGACAAUGACGCUGUUUACAUCCCACGCACUGCCGAAAGAAGACCAGGCGUUGGGCGGCGCCCUGGUUAACGCCGUAGGCCAAGUCGGAAGGGCAGUGGGACUGGCCAUCGCCACCGCCGUGCAGGUCUCGGUUAUGGCCAAGGCCAGGGGUAACUCGAUCGAGAGUGCUGGGCCCGUCCAGGCUGGUGACGGGCCUAGCUUGGACGGACUUCGUGCAGCCUUCUGGUUCAACCUUGCCGUGGGUGUGUGUGCAGCGGCCGUGGCCGCCAUCGCAUUCCGCGGAUCAGGCAUCAUUGGGAUACCCGAGAAGACCACAACAGUCGAGUCACCUACUUCAUCGAGGCCUGGUCAGGAAACCACUGGCAUCGCACCGCCGCCAGCGGUGGUGGAAGCAAAUCGCGGCAACCGGUCGAUUGUCUGA